AUGCGCAUAGAUUACCGCGCACUGAACGCCGCCACCGUCAAGAAUCGAUUCCCGGUGCCGAGAGUAGAGGAUCUUCUAGAUGCAGUGCAGGGCGCUAGAGUCUUCUCCAAGAUCGACCUUCGUUCGGGUUACCACCAGAUUCGCGUAGUUCCAGAGGACCAGCACAAGACGGCGUUUCACACGAAACAGGGGUUGUUCGUUCGUUGUCGUUUACCUAGACGACAUCUUGAUCUUCUCCAAGUCGAAAGAGGAGCACGUGCAGCACUUGCGGCCUUUGCGGUCUUGCGGAGAGAGAAGCUGUACGCGAAGCAAUCGAAGUGCGAGUUCUUCCUUCCAGAGGUCGAGUUUCUAGGUCACGUCGUUUCCGCUAGUGGCGUUCGGAUCGACCCAAAGAAGAUCGCAGCAGUACAGGAUUGGGUAGCACCGACCUCAGUCAAGGAGUUGAAGAACUUCCUCGGAUUCGUGAAUUACUACCGACGUUUCGUUCAGGGUUACGCUUCCAUCGCUAGUCCACUCACCGACCUACUUCGGAAAGGCGUAGAGUACGUUUGGGGUCCAGCGCAGCAGCAGGCGUUCGAGCAGAUGAAGCAGUCGCUCACAUGUUCACCGACACUGUCGUAUCCCGAUCCUACUCGCCCGUACGUUGUAGUGAUCGACGCAUCAGAUCAGGCCAUUGGAGCAGUGCUUCUUCAGGACCAGGGACGCGGGUUGCAGCCGAUCGCGUACGAGUCGCGUAAGCUGAGGGGAGCGGAGUUGAAUUAUCCUAUUCACGACAAGGAGGCGCUCGCGAUCAUCCAUGCGUAUAAGGUGUGGAGGUGCUACCUAGAGGGGGCAGACAGUGUUAUACGCACGGACCACUGCUCGCUUCGUUUCCUUAAGUCGCAGCCGCAGCUGAGCCAUCGCCAGGCUAGAUGGAUGGAGUUCAUGGAGGGGAGUUUCCACUACAGGAUCGAGUAUAAGCCCGGCGUGCGCAGCCCAGCAGAUCCGCUCACUCGCCCUAGUUGUCAGCUCGCUAGUCUCACAGUCACUGCCGGCCGUCCACUCCUCACAGCACUCUUUGAGCAUGGUUACACAGUAGAUCCCGACUUUACACCGCAGCCGCCCGCAGCAGCAGAGGUGCAGGGUAGUGUCUACAUACGGAAGGGUACAGCACGGAUUUGGGUUCCAGCCUACCGCCCUCUUCGACAGCUCCUUCUCUCAGAGGCGCAUGACGCAGUUAGUGCAGGUCACUUUGGAGCAGAUAAGACGGCUAAGACGCUUAGUCGCACGUACUACUGGCCAGGGCUUGCAGCAGACGUAGAGGAUUACAUUCGCUCGUGCGACACGUGUCAGCGUACGAAGUCCUCGCGACAGGGCAAGACAGGUCUUUUGCAGCUGAUUCCACCGCCCGACCGCCCUUGGCAGGUAGUUACGAUGGACUUCAUCAUGGCAUUACCGGGCACAAUUAGGGGUCACGACGCCAUCUUCGUUGUAGUCGACAAGUUUUCUCGAGCAGCGCAUUUCAUCCCCACGCACGGCCAGGUCACAGCAGAGGAAGCGGCAACACUGUUCGUAGAUAACGUAGUCCGACUGCACGGGGUUCCAGAUUCCAUCAUUUCCGACCGCGACCCUAGAUUCACCUCGAAGUUCUUUUCGCACUGUUUGGGACUCGCUUAG